AAUUUGCUGGCAGUGACGGUGGUAAAGGCAGGAUGAUGGAGAACACGGCACUGGAAAGUUUAAUUGAGAUGGGCUUCCCGCAGAACCGAGCAGAGAAGGCCCUGGCGCUGACAGGAAACCAGGGGAUCGAACAGGCUAUGGAUUGGUUGGUGGAACAUGAGAACGAUCCCAACCUGGACGAGCCCUUCACAGCCCCCCAAGGUCCCGUUCCAGACGCCGAGGAACCCGCCAAAGGAACGACGCCGGAUUCGGAGCAAGGAGGGUCAGGUGAGCUGGCCGAAGGAGAGACACAGCGUCCCCUGACGGAAGAGGAAAAGCAGGAACAGACGAAAAGGAUGAUGGAGCUGAUCAACCAGAAGCAGAAGGAGCGCGAGGAGCGGGAGAAGCGGGAGACCAUCGAGCGGGAGAAGCAGCGCCGGAAACAAGGCCAGGAGCUCCUCCUCAUCCGCCAGAAGCUGCAGGAGGACGAGAUGAAGAAGCUGGCCGAAGAGAGGCGGAGGGAGAAGAUGGAAGAGAAGCUGGCCAAGCAAAGAGUGCGGGAGAAGAUAGAACGAGACAAGGCCGAGAGAGCCAAGAAGUUUGGCUGCAGUAGCGCUACCCAGGCCUCCCCCGUGACUGACCAGAUGGAGCCCAUGCUUAUCUCCUCCCCCAGCCAGGAGCUCCCCGCAAGCAAGCGAGAAUACGAUCAGUGCAAGAUACAGGUGAGACUCCUGGAUGGCACCUCUUUGACUCACACCUUCAAAGCCAAGGAGCAACUGGCAGCCGUGCGGCUGUAUGUGGAGCUGAACCGCAAAGAUGGUGUCGAAGACCCUUUUCACCUCCUGACGAGUUUCCCCCGGCGGGUUUUCACUGAGGAAGACAUGGAAAAGCCCCUGCAGGAGCUGGGCUUGGUGCCUUCCGCCGUGUUGAUAGUGGCCAAGAAGGGGAACAGCUGAGCGGCUCUCUUCGCUUGCAACGAACGGUCGGUUCGUGCCGGUUGUUGGAGGCUGACCUAGCCUGUAGUCACUGGGUGCCACCGUAGCGCGCCAGCCCUGCCCCCCCCUUCUCCCCAGAGACUCUGAAACAGCAGCCCCUUAACCCAGGGAUACUGAAACAGACAUUAUGUGGGUAGAAGAGUUGGAGAGGAACCAGGAUUUGCAACUGGAUACACCCCCCAAAGCCAGCCCUGAAUAAAAACCUCUUCACUCUGGUG